AUGGCUGGAAAGUGGGAUGACGAAGAGGGCUCCGAUGCCUCCAGCUCCCCCGAAGAGACAACUCAGGCUGGCGCCGCCGGCCGACGCAAGUUCGACGAUGAGGAAGACGAUGACGAUGUUCUAGACUCCUGGGACGCCGCCGAGGACUCGGAGGUUGAGCGCGAGAAGGCAAAGAAGGCUGAGGAGGCCAAGGCCAAGGCUGAGGCCGAAGCGAAAGCCAACAAGAAGUCCAAGACACAGCGCCUGCAGGAGAAGAUUGCAGAGCGUCAAAAGCAAAACGAGGAGGAUUCAGACUACGAGUCCGACGAGGAUGAAGCCACCAAGAGGGCCCGUCUUGCUCAAGCCCAGAAGGAGGCCGAUCUCAAGCACGCCGAGGAUCUCUUCGGGGGCGAUGUCGGUGGUGUCCCGUCCUCUCGCAAGGCAGUCAUCAAGGGCUCCACUGUGCCUGACCCCAAGGAUCCGAACCACCUGAUCGACUUGUCCACGGUGGCUCUCUUCGACCCCAAGACGAAGGCGCAGUUCGAACAGCUCCGCGAGGUGAUGGGUCCCAUCAUCUCCGGCAACUCCAAGAAGGCCCACUACACGCUGUUCCUCGUCGAUGACCAGAUCAAGAAGGUCGCCAGCGCCUUGACGACCCUCAGCAACGAGAAGCUCAAGGAGGAGAAGGCACAGGAGAAGGGCGGCAAGAAGAGCAAGGCGGCCAAGACGAAGACCACCCUGGCUAUGUCUCGGCCUACCACUACCGACACCAAUGCCUACGACGACAACGAGUUCGGUGACGAUGACUUCAUGUGA